AUGUGCUUUGUCCACAUGUUUGGAAAUGCAUUUUCUUUACUAGGAAAAAAACCCACUAACCCUGUAGCCAAUAUGAAUAUUAGUGAGAUAAUUUCUUACUGGGGUUACCCAAGUGAAAAGUAUGAAGUUAUCACUGCAGAUGGCUACAUCCUUCAGCUCAACCGGAUUCCUCAUGGGAAGAAUGAUGCUGAUCAUUUAGUCCAAAACCCAGUUAUGUACUUACAACAUGGUCUGUUUAUAACUGGCAGUGUCUGGAUUUCCAAUCUUCCCAACCGUAGCCCAGGCUUCCUUCUGGCAGAUGCUGGGUAUGAUGUGUGGAUGGGGAACAGCAGGGGAAGUAGGUGGUCCCAGAAACACUUAUACCUGAAAACAGAGUCCAAAGAAUUCUGGGCUUUCAGUUAUGAUGAAAUGAUAAAAUAUGAUCUUCCAGCCACCAUUGAUUUUUUUGUGAAGAAAAUAGGACAAAAACAAGUGUACUAUGUAGGGUAUUCCCUGGGAACAACUGUAGGUUUUAUCGCCUUUUCUACCAAUCCCACACUGGCUGAAAAAAUCAAAGUCUUCUAUGCAUUAGCCCCAGUUGCCACAGUGAAGUACACCCAAAGCCUAUUUAACAAACUUGCACUUAUUCCUCACUUCCUCUUCAAGAUUAUAUUUGGUAACAAAAUGUUCUACCCAUACAAAUUUUUGGAACAAUUUCUUGGUGUUGAAGUGUGCUCCCAUGAGACACUGGAUGUCCUUUGUAAGAAAGCCUUCUUUGCCAUUACUGGAGUUGACAUUAAAAACCUUAACAUGGCUGUCAAGUCUGGGAAAUUCCAAGCUUUUGACUGGGGAGCCCCAUUUCAGAACCUAAUGCAUUAUCAUCAGCCCACGCCUCCCAUCUACAAUUUAACAGCAAUGAAUGUCCCAAUUGCAGUAUGGAGUGGUGGCAAUGACCUGUUGGCUGACCCUCAGGAUGUUUAUAUUUUGCUUUCAAAGCUCUCUAAUCUCAUUUACCACAAGGAAAUUCCAAAUUACAAUCACUUGGACUUUAUCUGGGCAAUGGAUGCACCUCAAGAAGUUUACAAUGAAAUUGUUUCUUUGAUGGCAGAAGACAAAAAGUAG